AUGUUUUCUCAGGAGAGUUGUCAGUGUGUGUUACUGGUAGCCAAUGCCAUUCCCCAAGUGUUCUACCAGCAGUCCAACUCCCUGGUGAAGCCGCUCCUCCAUUCCAUGGCUCACCAGCGCUCAAAAGUCAGACUUGCUGCUCUCAAGGUUAAAGAAAAUGUUGUAGUAUAUUGGUCACCCGCUCUAGGGUGUGUGGUGAGGAAGGGAUCAGCUACAGCUAUAGAUGAUGUCCUGUCUCCUCUGGCCCAGAGAGUCAGUGACUCCACUCCGUCUGUUAGGAGCUGUCUGGUGGAUAUACUUGCUGACUGGCUGUUGCAUCAACCUGACAGGUAUUCCUAUCACCAUAAACUGAUUCCUCUGCUCCUUAUAUGCAUGAGUGAUGAAGUCCCUGACAAUAGCACCAAAGCACACUGUCUAUGGGAGGAGAUUGGAGCUCAGUUUGAACGAGAGAAUGAAGAAGAUUUAAAGGAUCAGAUGGACUUCAUGCAGUUAAUUGAAGCUAUGCCAGGAUUACGUAAGUGUGUGUGCCCGUUUUUAUCUAAACUUGAGGUCUGCGUAUAGAAGGGGCCGGCGUCUUAUUCACUGGCAAAUUUCUUUUUUGAAAUUGCCCAACAAACAAAACUGCCAACGGAAACGAACUAAAACACUUACUCUCAACCUUCACAAGCGUUUGGAAGGCAGGAUCAGGUUUAAGUGUCUUACUCAGAAAAAAACUCAGCCACGUCUUGGUGUGCAUGAAAUCAAGCCAGACACAGGUG